CGCGUUGUUUUUUUCCUUUUUCUCGCAUAAUAUUUCACCAAUGGCACCGAAGGCGGAGAAGAAGCCAGCCGAGAAGAAGCUCGCCGCCGACAAAUCGGCGGAGGAGAAAGAGAAGAAAAUCGAAGCAGAGAAAGCUCCGGCAGUGAAGAAACCGAAUGCUGAGAAGCGUCUUCCUUCUAACCAUGCUGCCUCCGGCGAGAAGAAGAGGAAGAAGGCGAAGAAAGGCUCCGAAACCUAUAAAAUUUACAUCUUCAAAGUGCUGAAGCAAGUCCACCCCGAUAUUGGCAUCUCGAGCAAGGCGAUGGGCAUCAUGAACUCGUUCAUUAAUGAUAUUUUUGAGAAGCUCGCUCAGGAGUCAUCUCGCCUUGCUCGUUACAAUAAAAAGCCGACGAUUACUUCGCGGGAGAUUCAGACUUCGGUUCGCCUCGUGUUGCCGGGAGAGCUUGCUAAGCACGCGGUUUCUGAGGGCACGAAGGCGGUCACUAAAUUCACUAGCUCUUGAGGAUAAGGAUUCUACAGGGGAAUGGGAGUAAUGGUUGGUUAUGAAUCUUAUUGUAAUAUGCAUAUUUAUAUAUGAUUUUUAGAGGUGGAUUCGAUUCUUAUAUAAUUGUUUUUGUUUUGAAAAAAAAAAAAAAACAGGCUUUGGCUUUAUUAUUCAAUGGU